CGGAACUUUAGCCUCCCAGAAAAUGGAUCCAAAGUCUAUUCGUCCUCCUUAAAUAAGAGUUUCCUUACACAAAGGAAGACCUCUUUAGGGGGAGAGGAGAGCAUGUCCCUAGUCACACCCACUGACUUGUCAUCAUUUUCACCUCUUCCCCAAGAACCAAGCUACAGAAAGAAAGCCCUGCUAAUAGAGACGGUCAAACAAGAUCCUCUUCACCUUCAAGAGGAGAUUGCCAAUUGUAAAGGGAGGCCUCAACUUCUGAGAGCAUCCAGUAUGCCUGCCAAACUUCCACCAAUUCAGAAUUUAGGAGAAGAAACUCAUCAAGCUGUUUUUUUGCCUUUGGGAUUUCUUCAGUCUUCCAAUGGAAAUGAUUUAGACCUUGAUUUUAGCCCUGCAAAAAAAUCAGAGUUAAGUAGUUCCAAAAGAUCUUCAUUACCCCCUCCUGAAAAUCUAAUACAUAUGAAAGAGCAAAUCAGUAAAGCCAUCCAGGAUUCUGAGAAAUGUCCAGGACUAUGGAGGGAAGCUCAGCUUGUGCUAGACCAGCAACAAAAAGAGCUUCCUAAGGAAAUGAUACAACCCAGUGACCCACAGCAAAGCCAACAUCUAAUUUCUCAGGAAUUGCUUGCAGUUGUCGGGAGUAGAGAAGAAUGUCAUGCAAAAGAGGUGAAUAUCUGUCCAUCAUCAAUUCAGAGUGGAUCGGCCUCUACUAGUACCUCAGAACAUGUGUUUGUAAAAGAGUCACAGGAAGAAAUAGAACUUAACAUAUGUGAGACUGUUACAGAAGAAGUAGAGGAAGAAGAUGAAGUUACAAGUCUUAGCACUAGAGAGAUGGAAAAAAAUGUAGAACUUGAGCCUUUUCUUCUUGAAGGUCCCAGCAAUAUAAUAGCUUUACAGCAGCAUAUUGCCAUUCUGGAGAAGCAACUGAAUAACAAAACAGAAGAACUUGAGCAGAUCCGAAUAGUUUUGAAGCAACAGGAUCAAGAAAUCAAAGCAAAAGAGAGAAGCAUUGAAUUGCUAGCAAGUUCUAAAGCUCAACUGGAAGAGAAACUCUGCGGGGAGAAUGUCAAAGAAAUUAAACCAUACAUACAGGCCAGAAAUGCCCCUCGGUACCUUGAUGCUGCUGUGAAUACAGAACACUUGCAUGAAAAGGUAGCACAUGAAAAAGGGAUUGCUGUAAGCAUCACUGAGCCUACAGAAUCUUUAGGAGAUGACGCCCAUGAGGCUGAUGAUGAAAAUGUGGAAAUAUGUAAGGAGUUAUUCUGUGCUGAAAUAUCAAGUGUUUCUGCUGAUGAUGGAACAAAAGAUAACCCUACUUUUCAGAGAAACAAGGAAGGAGAAGGAAUUGCUCAGAACAGUGAUUGCUCCAUUGUUGAAUCAAGCUAUAAUGAGCUACAUGUUGAUAAUGAGAACAAUAAGACAGAAAGAAGCACUUCGACUGCUCAGUUUUCUGUUCCUGGUGGAGAAAGUGGUUCUGGCCCCAAGAUAGCUGACUCGAAGGCAAAAGGAAUGCAAAUAGUUUUUCAAGAAGAUUUUAAGCGAGAUCAGGAGGAGCAGAAUCACCCAGAAGCAAAGGAAUCACCUGCAGAUCCCAUUGUGGGCCAAUAUAUUAAAAAAAUCCAGGAUCUUUUACAAGAGCAGUGGAUAUGCCUAGAACAUGGGUAUCCAGAGCUAGCCAGUGCAAUCAAACAACCUGCCUCGAAGCUCAGUUCCAUCCAGAAUCAACUGGUUAAUUCUCUGAAUUUGCUGCUCUCUGCUUACACAACGCAAACACCAACAGACCAAGAGAAUUCCAACACACAGUAUCAACAGAAUCUCUCCGAGCACAAGUCUGAAAUCUAUUAUGAAAAAGAAAGACACUGGUUUCCACGAGGGAGUUAUGAAACCACGUCCAGUGAAGAUUCUAGUUGUGAAGAAAGCUCCUCUGAAGGUGAUUCAGAUAGUGAGAUGGACAGAAAACAUGGCAAUGAAGAGCAAAGUUGGGGGGAAGAUGUCAAAGAAGAUGACCACAUGGCAUCUGGAACUUCUCAAAGUGCAAAGGAAGAUUGUGAUCCAGAAAAUCUAGAAGAAACCACAAAAUCAACAAUGCAGCAUAAAGUUGAGAGAUUUAAACCCUCUGGAGAUUUUCUGAAAGGGUGCCAGAUCUUAAGCAAAAACCUGUCAGAAAUAAGGACCACAAAGGACAAAUUCCUGAGGCACGUGUUAAGCACUGUGUGUCAAGAGUGGUUCCGAAUCUCAAGCAGAAAAUCCUCCAGCCCUGAAAUCGUUGCAGCUUACCUCAGCGAGAUUAAGGCCGUUCAUCCACAACUACAGAAUGUAAUUGUAAAUUUAGCUGAUGGAAAUGGCAACACAGCCCUUCAUUAUAGUGUUUCUCAUUCUAACUUUUGGAUUGUGAAGCUUCUUUUAGAGACAGGUAUUUGUGAUGUGGAUCAUCAAAAUAAAGCUGGGUAUACAGCAGUAAUGAUCACUCCGCUAGCGUCAGCAGAGACUGAGGAAGAAAUGGAGGUAGUCACAAAGCUGUUGAAAGAAGGCAAUGUUAACAUAAGGGCUAGCCAGGGUGGACAGACUGCCUUAAUUUUGGGAGUGAGCCAUGAUAGAGAAGAUAUGGUGAAAGCAUUGCUGUCAUGCAAUGCUGAUAUAAACCUUCAGGAUGACGAUGGUCUAUCACCAUUAAUGGUGGCUUCUCAGCAUGGUAAUUUGGAGAUGGUGAAACUUCUUUUAUCUCAUUCAGGCUGUGAUCCUACAUUAGUGGACAAGGCUGGCAAUUCUGCUUUGUCCAUGGCUUUGAAAUCUGCCCACGUGGAAAUUGCAGAGCUCCUACAGACCUGCAUACAUCAUACUCAAAUUCUGAAUACAUAAAAGGAAAUGAAAAACUGUAUCUGCUUGAAUGAGAAAUUCAUAACAAAAGACUUAUUAUAUUAGCCAACUCUGUAACCACUUUAUAUGCCAAUGAUCUAGCUGAUAACCACUGAUUUAUCUACUUAUGGAAAAAAAGGAAGUAUGCCAAUUAUUUGCAUACAUUCCUCAUAAAUGAAUCACUCUCCUAAGCUGCUUUUAUAGUCCUGACCUAUGCCCACUGGAACAAAUGAGGAUUAGAUUAUUACAUUGCCUUUUUAUUAAUAACUGUUCUUUUUUUCAAAUUAUUAUCUUCUUAAGGGGGAGAAUUGAGCCUAUUUUUUAUUUCUUAGUGCAGUACCUUUGAAAAGCAUUAAGAAGUUAUUUGUUGACUCUAGACAUACAUAUUCAGUUGCCUACUGAAAUGGAUGGAUACAUACCCAUUUAUAAGGGUAAAGUGCUUCCAAAAAUGUUAUGAACACACCAAAGCUAUUCAAUGAAGAUAUUGGUAAGACUGGCCUAUUUUGACAAAUUUAGUAUAUUUGGGUAUCCUGAUCCUAGAUCAGUUUAUAUGAAUUAUCAGGGUACCAUGAUCUAGCAAAGCAGAUAAGUUAGUUAUAUUCUCUCUGCAAGGUCACCCCUCUUGAUUCUCUUAUUUGCUUCAAAGCUUAAUGCUACAGGUUUAUUUAAUUCCAGAAACCAAUUCAUUGUUCUGUAAGGGAAUCAGUUAAGUGCCAGAUCUUGUUCUCACUACUCCAGAACAAAGCAUCAUAUCAGGGAGAAGGGACCACUUAAGAAAAUAGUUUGGGCCUGAUCCCAAUGCUGUCCAGAGGUUCUUUAUUAGUAUAAGUUGCACUGAGAGCCACCUAGAUGUAGGGAGAUACUAUUCUUUAGGAGAAAAAAAAAAAAAA